AUGGCUGUAUAUCGAUCUGAAAUGUCAGUCCCCAUACGCAUUGAGACUAGUGGAAUUCAACAACCUACAAUCGUGCCUGUGGUCAGUGAGAAGGACUACGGUACACUCGGUGGAAAAUCUUCAUCCUCAACCUGGUUUGAAAAAUCUCACGAUGACCUUUUCGGUCGUUUUGAUGACACGUUGAUGGCAGUCCGUCGAUCUGAUAGUGAACGCUGGUUUGAGGAUAUGAGAAAACGUUUUGAUGAACGGCGGCGCCAGUGGGAUGCAGAGAUGCGUCAGAUGAGAUCGUCGUUUUUCAACACCCCUACCUUUCCGAUGAGUAGGCCAGAGACUUCGGGUCAUUUUGCUAGACGCCAUUCACCACCACCAUCCUACGAUGACUGUCCGGUGGUAACGAGUUAUGAACGUGGGGAGGACGGAAACCUUCACUUCUUGGCGCAGUUUGAUGUCCGGACUUUCCUUCAGGAGGAAGUCAGUGUGGUUGUUCGUGAGGGACAAAUCGUGGUGACUGCGUGUCGGGAGCAGCGCAUCGGUACCAGUUCAACCUCAAAGCAGUUGACCAGGACUGUAGAUCUUCCUAAAGGAGCCCAGGAAUCCCUAAUUACAGCCUCAAUCAGCGCAGACAAUAUUUUAUUAGUAGAUGUUCCCAUCGAACCACAUGCACAGAGUCCAGCUUUUACAACUGCCUCGGGAAGUAGCGGCAGGAGUUGCCUCACGACACCUUCGACACUGUCAGGGACUGGGCGUAGUAGUCACCUUUCGUCGAGAGCAUCUCCAGCUCCCUUAUCAAUAAAUGUUCACUCGAAGCCCAGGUUCAACGUCGAGAUUCCUAUGGGUAGUGAUUAUCUGCCAAACGAGAUCCAAAUACGAACCUUAAAUAACCGGGUUUAUAUAAGUGCACGACAUGAAGAGCGCUUGUCCAAUAGGAAUACUUUUCGCGAGUUUUCAAAGGAGUAUGACAUUCCAGAACAUAUCGACCCGAAGUCAAUUAGCGCUCGCCUGGAGCACGGUAUCCUGCAUUUGGAGGGUUCUGCAUUAACACGGGAUUGUGAAUUUAUGGAUGCUUAA